AAAUAAAUUACCCAGGCUUUCUCAGUGACUAGCAGUAUUUUCGAAAUCAGGUUAAAAAGUUAGAGAUCUAGUUGUUGUUUCCGUUGUGAAAGUAUUGGUUGUGCUCGAACGUAACAUCUACAUUUCCAAAUUUUCGAAAUUCACGAAUUUCAAGAUUUCUGAUAUUUCAUACCAGGUUCUCUCAUUUUCAAAUUGAUUCUCAAAUUUUUCAAUUAAAAUUGCCAAAUUUUUAUAACUUCAAGUUUCUAAAUUUUCAAAACAUCGAACUUCAAAAUUUCAAAAUGUCAAGGUACACAAUCUGUGUUUGAAAGUACACACAUAUAUGUGUGCAUCUGUGUUCAUUAUUAAUUAUCAAACAUCUAAUUAUUUUACACAAUAUUUGUAUUAGGAAAUGAGUGACAAUCGAUAAUCAACAUACGUUAUAAAAUUGCGAAAAGAAUGCUUCAUAGAAACACUGCUUUUAACACUCCUCUGUCUUCGAUAUCAUAAAGGAUAUUUCAAAUAUUAUUUUUCAUAAUAGAAACAGAAUUCAAUUUCGUAAACUAAUAUUCGUGUUAUUUUCCUUUUUUAUUUGAAACGCUCUAAAUACUCGAAAUGGUUUGUUUACCACAAUUAUUAGCUAUAAAUAAAUAAGAAUAGAGUCGAGAAAAACGUGACACGCCUGCACGCGCCAGAUUUAAAAGGUGUUCGAAAUUUUUAUCGAUAGUGGCGACUUUCGACUCAAACUUGUCAUACCGCCGAAUCAUGUGAAUCGAUGUGUAGAGACGUAGAAACACACAAACACGAGAAGUACCGUUUCUCAAAACGGUCGGUCGCGAGAGCGACGAUAAUUUGCAACGUAAACGUUGGCAUACAGUUAGUUUCAGGAAUAGAAAUCUGACGUACACUCGCGUGCAACGGAAGCUUUGUGUAGAUAACAGAAGACAUACAUCACUUAUGUUUAGUAAACGGAUAUGUAAAUGACAGCUUCUCAAAUUUCUUAAAGAUCAAAUUUCUAAAUAUUCAAUCUUCAAAUUCUUAAUUCUCACAUUGUCAAAUCCUAAAAAAUCAGUUAAGUAGCUUCUUGAACAAAGGUAACAAGUGUUUGUGUUUAAUCGACAGGGAAAAGGAACGUCGUAGGGAAAGAAAAUAUAGCGGAGGCCUACCGUGUUUCGUACUAUGGUACACAAGUGGUACACAGAAGAAAAAUAAAGCAGUCAGCGUUUACUUUUAUUGCCCUAUGAAUGACGGAACUGAAACGUUUCUUUUUAGUGAAUAAAAGACCAGUAGCAAGAAAACUUCGGAUUAAAAAUGCACAACGGAAACGCAUCGACAUAAAAUACAUAAGAGCAUACUCGAGGGAGAAAAAGGAAAAUCGCGUCUGACGCGUAGCAAAGAGAUAAAAGCAUAGCAGUCGCGCUUUGAUAUUCAUGACGGGGAUCAAUAAUGAAAGAGAAUAUAUAUUUCUGUUGUAGCGCAAAUGAAGAACAAACGGGGAAAAAGGAACAGUGGUAACCGAAGCAAGAAGAUAGAAAAGAUGUCCAUGAAACGAAAAUAAGGACAGAAGGAAGAGGGGAUUUUAUAUCCUUACCGCUGGAUAAGGUCAGAGGGGGCGGGAGGGAGGGAGGGAGGGAACUGGAGAGAUUAACAGAUCACGAUACAAAGGCGGUUUCGCGAAGAAUAAUGCGACGAACGAACUUGAAACCAGAAGAGACGAAAGAAUCGCGUUAAACUGCAACCAGACAAAAAGCAUUUCAACCGGAACGAAUGAACAGAAAGAUACGUAGUAAAAGAGUACUCGAUCGAAACAGAGGAAAGAGAAAGCCGUACCGCGAAAAGGCAGAGCAGCAGCGGGAGGAAAGCGGUUGGAAGAAAGGAAGAGGCGAAACCGAAGAAGACAAAGCGGGAAAGCAACGAUUUUCGGAUAAGCUAAACGGCAAGGAAGCAAAAAAACAGAGGAGGCGCGUUACAUCCUGGAGUCCGAUGUUCAGAGUCGUACGAUGGCCGGGGCUCUAUCCGAGAAUGCCCCGAGGCCUGUCAGCGUCGUCGCGGUAGAUGGUGCAACCGUUGAUACCACUAGGAGCAACCAACUCAACGGACCACAGGAAACACGAGAGAAUGGCCGCUCUUUCACUUCGACGGAGGCGCAAACAGAGUUGCCGAUUCAGAAUGGUCCAGAGGCGGUCGAGGAUAUGGACGUUCGAGGUGCACGUAGAAGGGAGAGACGGAUGCGGAGACACCCUCGAGCCUUGAGAUCAUGUUCGAUGCCACCAACUUAUCCUGGAGCAUCGCCAGGAUGUCAGGCUAGCUCUACAGCACCCGGAGUACCGUUGGUUGCUCCUCCUAGGGGAUUUUUACAUCCUCCACCGCCUCAUUUGGGUCUCAGGGGUCUUAGUCUUGGCCUACCGUUUCCGGUCUCUACCAGCGUCUCUGCUUUCGGCAGGGACGCAGUGCCGAAGCAGUGUUGCGGCCUUAGUUCCCCUCCUGUACGUUGGUCCAUACUGGGUGUCGGCGUAGUGGGUCUUGUUUGUGCGGGUGCUGGUGCUCUGCUGGGGGCUCUCAGGGCGUCCGGUCGCGAUCACAUUGCUGUGGCGCUUCUUAUGAUCGGUAUAGGAGUGGUUCUGGUAACUGUGAGCGCUGUAGCGUGGCGAGUGACCAGUCGAGAAAAUUGCGGCAGUUUCUUUGGUUUCACAGGGAUCUCGAGCAGGAUUCCACCGGCGAGGCCAAUUCAUCCUUACGCUGCCAUGAUUUAUCCGGAAUUUCAAUUUAGAACACCGCCACCUAGUUAUCAGGCAAGCAUGCAAGAGUACAGAUUGCGACUGUUACUUUUGGACCGCUUGCAGCCGACAUCAUCGCCUCCGCCAACGUACAGAUCCAACGCCGGAAGUAUCGUCACUCCCGGCACGACCAGAGAAAGCAGACCACCAAGUUACUGUGGCCGAUCGUAUGCCACGACGCAUGCCAAUGUUGCACCUUCGAAGAAAGAUGCAAAUUUGGUCAGAAUCGUUCAGACCGAAUCGGAGCCGGUGAUUUUGAACGGUGAUCAAACACCGCCUGUUGCUGCCGUUGAAGUACUCGCGCAUCUCUGAUUUUUUCCAAUCAUUUUCUUUCUAUCGAUGCGGAGACGCUUAUCAGUCGAUCGACAAGGUAACGUUUUAUUUGAUGAUUUCGCGAGAAGAAUCAUCUGUCUGUAGUGCAAUAUAGUUGUAUCGUUAUGUCGUCGAACAAUAGCUUCAGUUUAUUUUUAACUCCGUAGAUUUUCAUGAAUAAUAACAAUCGUUAGAAGUUAUCUCCGAUGGUUCUUUGAACACGUUUGGAAACGAUGAAUAAAAGUGCUUUACGGCUGAUGUUGAAGUCGUGCCAUUUGCAGUCGCUGGAAAGUUAGCGCUGUUUGCGAUGGAUGGAAUAUCAUACAGAACCGUGAUAACUGUGGUCAUGGUUUAAAUUAAUGGAUCCGUGAUUGUAUAAUUGACAGGGGUAUCGAAUGUCUUGACCAUUUGUUUCUUUUCUCCAACGGUCAGUAUUGUCUGUCACCCUUUUAUCUGCUUUCGUUUUAUGGUCGUAGAAAAAGAGUGAAAGAACGACGCUAAUGGGAAGAAACAUGGUCGCGAUUAUUAACGUUUUAUCGUAAAAAAACUAUUUUCGCAGUUAGUGAUGAAAUUAGAUGAUAUUGAGGGUUUUAAAAUUAAUGAAAGUUUCAUUAAGUAGGUACAUUCGAGAGCAAAGUUAGAAUUCCUUUGGAUAGGAAUGAAUGUAGAAUGACACAUCACAAAUGUGUAAAUUUAAAAAUUUUUUAAUAUUCGAAUUUGAAAAUUUAAAAAUUUACUUGAAAAAUUUUCACAUUGCUUAUUCUGCGAUUUUUCUCUAUGGAAAGCUACAUUUGCUUCCUGGUGUACCGUAGAAACUUCAAAUUGCGAAACCAUGUUACCUUAUAACACGCGUAUUUUGCAUAAAGUUGUAUCUAAAAAAUAAUGUCGUUGUCACGUUCAUUCGUUUAAGGAUUAACUUAUUCUGUACAAGAGAGGCCAACUUUUCGGGGCAUCGCUUUGUAAAUAUCAAUGUUGAAAUUUUAAACUUGUAAUUUGUAUUAUAAAAUAGUAUGUUACAAAAGGGUGCGCGAUGUGGAACGUGUUGACUAUGUGUACAUCAUGCUGGUAGAAACUUUUAAGGUCUUCCUGUUGUUACAAUUACUCAUACCUAACUUCGAGAAACAGAAAGGUUACAAACGCCACAAAUUUACAUCACUGUACAAUGAUUGUAAUAUUUUGGAAAUUAUUUUUUAAAGUAAAAAAAUUGCAACGUGUUAUAAAAUGGUUUUGCAAUAAUUAUAAAUUUUAUUAUGAUUCGUCGACGCUGGUACUAAUAGCAACAAAACCAUUUUGAUUAUUAUAUAUUUUUUUUUUUAAUUAGACCGUGAGAUUAUUUUUUCGUUGAAAGCUGCAUUAACUUGUUUUAUUACAUCGCCACAAAAGAUGGUACUUUAGUGAAUAAAUAAAUAAUGCAGCUUUAAAAUAACGAUGCUGUCGUAAGCUUUAACGCCAUACAGUAAUAUUUACUGCUCGCUUUAUUAUUACGACUUGCGACGACCACAAUUUUAUCGUCGAGAGUCGAUAAAAAAACGAGAAUCUCGUGUGUUGCGUACAAUAUAUACAUAUUUUUGUAACUAUUAUUUGAUGGUUAAAAACCCGAGUUACGCGCAUUAUUGUACUGUCGGUUUUUAUAUACAGUAAUAAAAUUUCUGUUUUACAACUUUACGGUACUUCAAAGUACUACGGAAAAUUUUUGUAAAUUUUUACAAAUUUAAAAAAUUUCGUUCGUCGAUUAACAUCGAAAUAUUUAUUAACUACCUAAUAGUUUUGUCAUUUCUUUCUUCAUUAGUAUUAAGCAAUCGUGAUAAAAAAUUUGAACUGCAAAAUACUCAACGAAUGACUUUAAUAUACUUCAAGUUUAUACCUAUAAGUAUAAACUUCAUUUUGAUAUCUUUUUAUACAGUCAUUUUUAUUCUAAAGUUUCUUGUAUUUACUGCUUUUUUUAAUUAUGAUUUAUCGAAAACACCUUUAAGGUAAUUUGCAUCACUCUGUGAUUACUUCGUUAUUGUUAAAUUGGUGUAGGUAAAUAACAGAUACAUAUUUUAUGCAUUUUUAACACGUUACCAAGGGUAAUAGAAGUUUCUCCAUUUUUUAAAUUUAACAGUUAUGCGAAUAUACAAUUAAAAAAAUUAAUAACACAAGAUGAAAACAGAACCAACAAUAAGAAUUAGCUGCAACUAUUGCGGAGCGAUAAUAGUUACUGCCUAACGACAAAAUAUAAAUUGAUGUGUAUUUUUAGGCAUCGAUAAAUUACAUUCCAUUCAGUACAAAGCGGACAUAGAAUUAUUGUUUCUUUUAGUAAUUGUACAAUGUUAGAUGCCUAUAUGUGUAUUUUAAUGAUUGUAUUUUGUCGAAUGCUGUAUAUACAAUACCGACAGAAUUAACGAUAGGUAGAGUUGUAAGAGUGGUAAUUAAUACAAGGGCGACAAAUUUCGAAAGGCGGCCUUAACCAAACUCGCAAUGAUUCGUGAUAUGAGAAUAGAUCAACUAUAAGUCAUCGAUCGAAUGAGUAUAUUGUUCCUUCAUAUUAUUGUAGAACAAUUUGUAUAUAUACGAGAACAAAUAUAUUUAUCUGACUUAUUUGACCUUC